AGGGUGUGGAGAACAGGGCUUCCCGUCCGCUCAGCCGUACUUAAGCCACACGCCGGGAGGUUAGUAGUUGGGUGGGUGACCACCAGCGAAUCCCUUCUGUUGUAUGUUUUAGAACACUACUCCAACUUUUUGCAUGUUCAGUUGACCGACCAGUCGGUGAUUGGAGAAGACUUCCCCGAGCAACAGCGUCUCCAUCCAACUACUUACUUUUUCGAAGGGUAG